UAGACUAUAACUUCGUUACCGAAUCGUGUCAAGUAAAAUCAUGCAUUGAUUCUUAUAUGUAAUGUCGGUAUAACUGGGUUGGAAAUGUGACUGUAGACGUAUUCGACUGGCAGAAAAAGUCAUGAGUUCUUCCAUUAUAGCUUAUGAAGAAAUUGAGAGGUGCGGUGCACUGGACGCCAUAUUGGUUUCUGCAACUUCGACAGUCGAAUCAAGCGGUGACGUUCGUUCCAUAUCAUAGAGUUCAGUGAGUUGAGUACAUGCUGCUUACUCCAAAUCACCAAUGUAAUCACGCUUUUUGAGAAGCAACAAGCUGCUGUUUUAUCAAAUUGGGAGGCGCAACAAGGAUCUACAUUGAAUAUAACUUUUAAAUAUAGUAACCUGGUAGAAAAAAAAGACACUUUCAACACGAAAGCUAAGAGUUUGUAGUUAUCGUAGUUAAGAAAACGUUUUGUUUUUUGUCUUUCUUCGUGACUAUUCCCUUCUUCGUUUUGAAUUGGAUCUGUGAGAGAUGGAUGAAAUGCGGCCUAGCAGCGGCGCCGCAGCCCACGGGCUGGCGUCGCUGUUCCCCACUGGUCUGCAAGCAAUUUACACGGAGUGCAGGCGGCUGUAUCCUGAUCAGCCAAACCCGCUGCAAGUAACGGCUAUCGUUAAGUAUUGGUUAGGGGGCCCGGACCCUUUAGACUACAUUAGCAUGUACAGGAACGUGGGCUGUCCGGGGCAGGAUGUUCAGGAGCAUUGGCACUAUGUCAGCUUUGGCCUGAGUGACCUGUAUGGAGACAACAGGGUGCAUGAAUUUACAGGUGCAGAUGGCCCGAGUGGUUUUGGGUUUGAACUGACCUUCAGGCUGAAGAGGGAAGCAGGGGAGACGGCGCCCCCUACGUGGCCAGCAGAGCUAAUGCAGGGGCUGGCACGAUACGUCUUCCAGUCAGAAAACACGUUUUGCAGCGGGGACCACGUCUCGUGGCACAGCCCUCUGGACAACAGCGAGUCUCGCAUCCAGCACAUGCUGCUGACAGAAGACCCCCAGAUGCAGUCGGCCCAGACCCCCUUUGGACUAGUCACCUUCCUGCAGAUUGUGGGCGUGUGCACCGAGGAGCUGCAGGCGGCGCAGCAGUGGAACGGACAGGGAAUCCUUGAGCUGCUACGCGGAGUCCAUGUCGCUGGGGGGCCCUGGCUGAUAACAGACAUGAGGAGAGGAGAGACGAUAUUCGACAUCGAUCCUCACUUACAACAGGAGAGAGUGGACAAGGGCAUCGAGACGGACGGGUCCAAUCUGAGCGGGGUGAGUGCCAAGUGCUCCUGGGACGACUUGAGCCGGCCGCCCGACGACGAUGAGGACAGCCGCAGCAUCUGUGUGGGGUCGCAGCCCCGCCACCUGACCGACAAAGACACAGAACAAAUCCGAGAGGCCUUGCGGAAAGGACUGGAGAUCAACAGCAAAGCUGUCCUCCCACCAAUCAGCGGCCAGAGACAGAGCCACGACCGAUCCCAACCGUCAAUGGGCCAUUUGCAGAGCCAGCAGACUUCAAGGAGCCGGAAGGACAGUCUGGAGAGCGAGAGCUCGGCCGCCAUCGUCCCUCACGAGCUGGUGCGCACGCGGCAGCUGGAGAGCGUGCACCUCCGAUUCAACCAGGAGUCCGGCACCCUCAUCCCCCUGUGCCUCCGGGGCCGGCUCUUGCAUGGAAGGCACUUCACGUAUAAGAGCAUCACGGGCGACACGGCCAUCACCUUCGUGUCCUCGGGAGUGGAGGGAGCCUUCGCCACGGAGGAGCAUCCCUAUGCAGCGCACGGACCCUGGCUGCAGAUACUGCUGACUGAAGAGUUUGUGGAACAAAUGCUUGAGGAUCUACAGGACCUUAAUGGAAGUGAGGAGUCCAAGUUGCCUAAGGAGUACUCCUGGCCUGAGAGGAAGCUGAAGAUCUCCAUCCUGCCGGACUCUGUGUUUGACAGCCCUCUGCAGUAGCUGACCUGCCCGGAUUCGCUUCCUCUGGCUCUCUGAGCGCCGGACACCGGCCUGGUCCCAAGGCCAUCAGAUGCCACGCCCACAGCAGACCGCCUUUGGCCUAUUGUUUCUGUUGCACAUGGAUGAAGUAUAGAAUAGGUUCUGUUUUUAAAAACCUGUUUCUGAUUUACUCAAGAUGCCCCCCCCCCCCCCCAACCCUGAGCAAAGGCUGUCUCUGCUUCCCCUCUCGGUCAGGUUGGCAGUGUCGGCUUUUUGGCCGCUUCCUAGCGUAAGCUUCCUAGCUCCUAGCUGACCUGUCCUUACCCCCAACUCCACACCCACACCAAAAAAGACCAGGGGCACAAGGGGGGGUGAGAAGGGGCAUCCGUGACUUCGUCCCUCUCACCGAGACCACAGAGCAUCCAUCAAGGUCCCACACGUUACCAGUGGUUCAGAUGGUUCUUAAAUUUUCCCCUGGGCAGUGAGAACGGGUUUCAGGAUAGGCCCAAAAGUACGGUUUGGGGAAUGGGGCCGGGUAACGACAUAUUCGCAGCUGCAGACGCAGGUGGAAAUAGGGCCUGUUAGUGUUCCAGGGCUGCCUCGUACGUGUGGGGUGUGUUGUUCAGCUGUCACUCAAAGCCUCGCAGAAAGAAGCCAGGCCCUGUUACAAAUGGAGACUCAUUUUUAUUUUAUUUUUUUUUUGAAACCACCACACUGUCAUGCCAAAGAUGUAUUGGAUUGGUAGGUCACUUAGUCAGUUCAGAAGAGAUCCAUACCCUGCAUUAUGAUUGAAUAAUUACAUAUUUAGUUACAAACUGAAUUAAGAUAUCUGAUAAAAUGGAACAUCUUUCUGUGUUUAGGUUUCUGUAUGCGGUAAACACGAUGUUAUUAUUGCUAUUUUAAAUUAAAAAAUAAAUAAAAUGUUAACCACAGGCACAAGAAGACUGUUAUCAGAUUUAGGCAGGUUCAGCCAAUAGAACAACCUAUAGAUGGGCCUAUAGAAGUCUAGAUGUAUUUUCAUUUAUUUGAAAUGAAUCUUGGUAUGCACAAUGCAAUGGUCCCCAGCGGGUAUCUACUCAAAAGGUUACAUGAAAGAGUUGAUGCUGGGAGUCUGCUUUGCUCGCCUCUCAUCAUUAAGAUCCACAGCAUCAGGCCUGUUUCAUGUUGAAGUGUUCUGGGGUGAUGCUUCAGAAUUGGAAGUGCACAGGGAAACUGGCUGCUCUGCCACAGCAUGGGUUGUAGUGCUCUGAUUGUGGUUUUCCUUGAGGUGAUUUGUAUGACAUAUGCAACCAUUUUUGGUUCUGAAAAACUGUUAGCAAAUGAAUGAGACUGAAAGCUGUCAGUAAAAAAAUCAUAGAAUGUUACACACUAACUACAUAGGACUGAAGUCUACGCAGUCUGCAUAAGAAUGGUAAUUAAAUGACUGCCUAAAUCACCAAUAAUUCUGGACUCAUGAUUUUACAUAUUGAACGAGAUCACAGCAUCUGUCAGGAGAUAUAAAGCUUGAUAGUUGACACUGAUCCAAAAGUAAAACUCUUUUAUUGGCUGUGGAUUUUUAAGAAAUGUGUGCCAAUCCUGAGACAAUUGUGCCAUGAACCACAAAGUCUGGCUGAGAUUCAGACUCUAUCGGUGCCUCUUUAUUCCUGCAGCUUUUGAAAGACACCAGAUCUGUUUCAGCCAAGUUCAGUUUCAUUUGUCAUCUGGAUAAAAAUGCUCUAUAUUUGUGCUGUGGUGCCUCAUUCUUAGAACGGUUAGGUACUUAACCUUUUUUAAACCAACAUUCCAUUGAUGGGACAUCUGUUUGUACCUUCAGUAAUUUUGACACCGUUUUGUUCCAUGCCUGAUUGUUUCAUGAUUUCUGUUCACACCCCCCACCCCCCUUUAUCAUUUUCCCUCAUUUUUAUUCAACGCCCCACAGACAUAUUUCAUUGCCGAACACAUUCUUUACUUAUUUGAAAUGUAAAAUUAAUAUUGUUUUGUCAAAUAAGGAGCACCAUUUACACAUGAUUUUAUAAUUUAAAAAAAUCUCCAGAUGUUUUUUUAAAAAUGUAAUUUGAUGAUGUAUAAAAAGACCCUUGUUUUGUGUACAUUUUGUCUUUUCUGACACUUUUUAAACUGUGGUGAAUCUCUGGACUGCCUUUUACUCUGUAAUCCCGUCUAAGUGCAUUAAAACUACAUUAUGAGCAAA